GCGAGGGGUCACGUCAAAGCGGCGUAGACAAAGGGCGGGCGCGCGCACGUCUUUACGCACGCCUCGGCCGGCGGCGGCGGCCAAGGGCGGGAGUGAUCGUCCACAGAGGGACUGGGAACCCUGGAGCCUCGCGGCCGCUCCGGUUGUGAUCUCAUGGUUCGUGAGACCUAGCGCCACAUUGGACUCGGUGCUGACAACGUGGAGCCUGCUUGGGAAUCUUCUCUGUCACUCUCCUUUCUCUCUGCUCCCACCCCGCCUCAAAGUAAAUAAAUAUACCUUUGGCAGCAUGUAAGCAACUUCUUGCCAAGAACCCAGGUCUCCGCUGAGAAGGGGGCCUCAGGGAGAAGACUGUCCAGAGGAAACCAAUGCCAGGCGCUCCGGAGUUGCGCUCUGCGCAAGCAGCAUGAGACACUCCGUGCCAGCAUCUGUGUCCUCCCGGCAAGGACUGUAGCUCUCCGGCGUGGAGGGUCCUGGAGGCGGCACCCACCAGGAGCCUCUCUCGAGGAAGAAUGGGGCCAGAUAUGAACUCUCUACAGUGAACACAGUUUUCAGUUUAUGGAGGAGUUUUAAGUAAAACAGUUAUUUAGUUUCCACAUAUUCAAGUUCAAUAGCCUGUGUGAAGUGCCAGCAGUCACCCCCUUCCACAGAAGUUAUCAGGGUUGUUCUGGCUCCAAGUUGAACUCUUCUUGGUACUUCUGGCAAUGACAGAUCUUCAGGACAGAUUUAUCUGCUGAAUGCUCUCGAGCAGGAAAGAAAGACUGAAACUUCUGGAAGGAGUGCAAGGGGAACAAAACGGAGGUCCCGCCCUUGCUGCGCCCCUCACAGAAAGCCCUGGACUCGAUGCUUGUGCUGAAGAUCGCCCCGCCUCAUUCACCUCCGAAGUCCGUGUGUCCUGGGGAGAGCUGGCAUUUCGGGGCUGCCUCCUGUGGCCCUUUUUUAUGGUUCUCCUGUCCCCAGGCAGUCGAAUGAUGUGAACUUGGAACGGGCUUUGCCUUUCUGUGGGGACUCGCUUUCCCUCUCCGGCUGGUGCUGUCUGACAGGACCCCCCGCAGACAGUGGUUUGUCCUCAGGGAGGAGGCGCUGGCCUUGCCUGGACCCUCCACCAUGUUCCUGUUGCUGCCUUUUGAUAGCCUGAUUGUCAACCUUCUGGGCAUCUCCCUGACUGUCCUCUUCACCCUCCUCCUUGUUUUCAUCAUAGUCCCUGCCAUUUUUGGAGUUUCCUUUGGUAUCCGAAAGCUCUACAUGAAAACUCUGCUAAAAAUCUUUGCGUGGGCCACCUUGAGAAUGGAAAGAGGCGCCAAGGAGAAGAACCACCAACUUUACAAGCCCUAUACGAAUGGAAUCAUUGCAAAAGAUCCCACUUCGCUGGAAGAAGAGAUCAAAGAAAUCCGUCGAAGUGGUAGCAGUAAGGCUCUGGAUAACACUCCAGAGUUUGAGCUCUCCGACAUCUUCUACUUUUGCCGGAAAGGGAUGGAGACCAUUAUGGAUGACGAGGUGACCAAGAGGUUCUCAGCAGAGGAGCUGGAGUCCUGGAACCUGCUGAGCAGAACCAACUAUAACUUCCAGUACAUCAGCCUUCGGCUCACGGUCUUGUGGGGAUUAGGAGUGCUGAUUCGGUAUUGCUUCCUUCUGCCGCUCAGGAUAGCGCUUGCUUUCACUGGGAUUAGCCUUCUGGUGGCAGGCACAACCGUGGUGGGAUACCUGCCAAAUGGGAGGUUUAAGGAGUUCCUGAGUAAGCAUGUGCACUUAAUGUGUUACCGGAUCUGCGUGCGAGCCCUGACAGCCAUCAUCACCUACCAUGACAGGGAAAACAGGCCUAGAAACGGUGGCAUCUGUGUGGCCAAUCACACCUCUCCUAUCGAUGUCAUCAUUUUGGCCAGUGAUGGCUACUACGCCAUGGUGGGUCAAGUGCACGGGGGACUCAUGGGUGUGAUUCAGAGAGCCAUGGUGAAGGCCUGUCCACACGUCUGGUUCGAGCGUUCCGAAGUGAAAGAUCGCCACCUGGUGGCUAAAAGACUGACUGAGCAUGUGCAGGAUAAAAGCAAGCUGCCCAUCCUCAUCUUCCCAGAGGGAACCUGCAUCAAUAAUACAUCAGUGAUGAUGUUCAAAAAAGGAAGUUUUGAAAUUGGAGCCACGGUUUACCCUGUUGCUAUCAAGUAUGACCCUCAGUUUGGCGAUGCCUUCUGGAACAGCAGCAAGUAUGGGAUGGUCACGUACCUGCUCAGGAUGAUGACCAGCUGGGCCAUUGUCUGCAGCGUUUGGUACCUGCCUCCUAUGACCAGAGAGACUGAUGAAGAUGCCGUCCAGUUUGCAAAUAGGGUGAAAUCCGCCAUUGCCAGGCAGGGAGGGCUCGUGGACCUGCUUUGGGAUGGUGGGCUGAAGAGGGAGAAGGUGAAGGACACGUUCAAAGAGGAGCAGCAGAAGCUGUACAGCAAGAUGAUCGUUGGGAACCAUGAGGACAGGAGCCGAUCCUGAGCCCGGGCCUCGUGCUGUCUAGAGCCACCACUGGCGGACGUGACCUGUGGGCCAGCUGGAGCCACCGCCGCCCCCCCCCCCCCCCCCCCCCCCCCCCCCCCCCGCCACCCCCACUGCUGCAUCCUUGCCACCUGCGGGGCUCCUUGGGCGUCCUGGAGCCCAGGACUGCAGCUGCUUCGGGACUGCCCCGUGGACCCCUGGGCUUGCCGUUGGAAGUGGGCACCGCGGGGAGCUGCCUCCCGGGAUGAGACGCCUUCUUGUCUCUUUACAGUGCGUCUGUUGGAGGAAUGCCAUUAAAGUCCCCUGUCCACCCACACACAUGUGGGACUGAGUGGUGGGGAGGUGUUAGCCACGGGCCCGUGUUCAGCCUGUUGCAGAUGCCACGUGCCAGCGACUGUGCUGGGAAAAGGGCUGCUCGGUGCAGGGAGCCACCGCCCAGGCAGUGCGGCCUGCCUCAGCCAGGAUGUCUCCCCCACUCCCUGCCCCCCACCCCGGGGCUCCACAGACUGGAUGAAUGGAAAACUGUGGUCUGCAGGGGCUCUUGGCAAAGCAAGGUUUUCAUUCCUGUACUGCUGCCGCAGGCAGUCACCAGAAGGGACCCAGAAGCAAGGUGGACCGGUGACUGGUGUGUGGUGGGAACCAAGAGUCAUUUUGUGUUCCAGCUCCAAUGCUAACCCUGAACUCCUGUGUGACUUGCUCUUUGUUAACUCGUGCCUCAGUUUCCCCAUCUGUAACCUGGCUCAGGAGGGGAAAGGUGGUGAUACCUACCUCACAGGGUUGUUGUGGGGAUUGAAGUGCUACUUUGAAGGACAAGUUGCUCAGUGUUCCAAGUGUAGGUCCAUGAAAUGUGGCAGGACAAGGUCUGAGCUCAGAGCUGCUGAAGAGGGCUUUGGGCUUAUUCUUGUGAGUCAAUAAAACUGUCUUUGAAGGUCAAUGGACUGAGGGGUUUCUCCCUUCCCUCUGUCUCCCCUGGCUGCAGCGCUAAGUAACGGGUCUCUUACGGCAGUCACAGGUCUCUGACUUGGCCGUAACCCAAGCCUGUAGGGAAUCCACCUGACUUCUGGAAUGAGGAAUAGUAUCGUUCAGAAGGAGCUACUGCUCCUGUCAGGUGUCUGCAUAGCUCUCUGGUUAACUUGGAAAUUUCCAGCUCAGAUGAGCUAUGGAUCUCUCCACAGUUGGGUGCAGUGGGAUUAGAGGCGUGUUGAGAGGCAGUGUUUGUUGGGGUUGGGGAAAGAGUGGACGAGGCCGGCAGUCCGGAUGUAAGGACAGGAAAGCAUCGAGGACCUACGGGGGCAAGGAAGGAACAGAGGCUCUGGAAGGCUUAGUGAGGGGGCCAGGUGGGGACUGGCGCGUGCAGGCUUCCCCACAGCCAGAGGGGAGGUGCGGGCUCCACCGGGCUCCUGCAUCCACCUACAGUCACUGUGAGGGGGAGUCUGAAGCCAAGCAACCCUCGCCGGGUCUGGCUUCUAGGGUCUAACACUUUCACGUCCUAACGAGCGAGAGUUGCCUCAGCCCCACCAUUCACCCAUCCAUCCGUACAUCCCCACUCCCUCCCUGGCUCCCCAUGGCAUGGCCUUGUCACCUUUCAGGAUUUGGGCCAGCCGUGGUAAGCGGCACCACUCCGAGGCCACCAUCUGGCCUGUGACCGGGGAUGACGUGGAAGGGCAGCGCUGCUCCUGAGCCACUGACUUGAUAGCACUUUGUCUCUUCUGCCCUUAGUCUGACUCCUGCCCUGCUUCCUGUUCCCUUACCUCCCUUGCUAGCCUCCCCUUUCCUCUUACCUGCCCUCUCGCUAGCCAGCGAAAGAGGAUUUUUCUCUCUAAUAAAAAUACUGUUUUGACUGUAAGGAACAGCCUCUUAUGAACUGUUUUACCAAGAGUAAACAGUGGUUUUCAGCCUUUAGAGGAGGCGAUGUUUAUAGUGCUUAGUGUUUAACAGCCAUCUGGGAUGAUCUUUAAAAUUGGGCUUAAAGAUCAAGUUCCCUUUUUUAAAAGUUAUUUUUUAAAAAGCUGUUUGCUGUUCAGUACGUUUACAUCAUGAUUUUCAUCCAUAUGCUGAAAACAACGUGAGGAAACGAAAAAUGACAAAAACGGGCCUGUUGUUGAUGGCAGGGCGGAGGAUUACAGGAGCUAGGGUUAGAGUGCCUGCUGUGUCGGAGAAAGGCUAGUGGAAACUAAGAUUGUGCCACUGUUUUACUAGGAGCCAGGAUGUGAAUUACACCCCAAAGAAAGCAGUCUCAAAAAUUUUCACUUUGUGCUUGUCACAAGCAUGGAGAGUCCCCAGAGGACACCAUCCUCUGUAACCCGGGCCCACAGGCCCCGCGUUGUCAGGGACGGCUGGCUGGGUCUUGGGUGUAAAACCUCACGCCACCUAGAAAUAAGAGUCACAUAACACAAUGUCAAGUCCCAGAGUGCUCUUGCCCUCAGGAUCCUAGCAACCAAUGAGGAUGACCCUGGAAUAAAACAAACGGCAUCAAUUCGUGGGUCGAGCCCUGGCCAAUUUCUAAUCCCAGUUCCAAAUCUGCUCAUUUGCUGUUCUUUUUUUUUUUUCUUCAUUUCUUGAUCCACAAUGAAGGGCUUGAGCUAGAUGGCCUCCAAAGAUCUUUCCACCUCGUGUCUGUAACCCAUGGCUCAAACUUUAGCUCUAAAUUCUAAAGUCACCUGGUUCAGAAAUAAGUCUCUUUGUAUCCGUUUGACUUCUCCAGAACAUCGGGGCUCCACCAGAGGGUGUCCCAAUGUGUAGAGGGGCCCCGGUGUCCUGGCGAAGUGGGGCUGGGCGGGUUUGAAUGUGGGUAUCAGCUGUUUUCACUCAAAUGUGAGAUUUCCCCCCAGCUAGAGAAGGCACUUCCACAAACGCAAGUAAAAUUCCCCGGUCAGGGGAAGCAGGUAGAAGGCUGCUGGCCCCGCUCAGCGAGCUCAGCCCGAUGGAGCAGUUUGGGAGGACAUCCUUGCGGACGAUACAACCAACUUUUUGGAACUUGGUUCUUUACUGUGUCAGUCCCCACUCUCUAUUGCUGCCCUUCAGAUAUUGAAAAAGGCGGGCUGUGAGGCGGCAGGGAGCACUCUACAGGGCCUUGAACGCCUAGCCCAGCCCCCAGUCCUUGGCGCUGUCCAGGUCCUUCACAGCAGCACCUCGCCCUCCUGUCACGUGUAGCUGUUCUGAGUCUGCAGACCGGCUGCUCCUCCCCGGAGCUGACCAUAAACCCGGUGGUCUGUGGGCUAGGUGCUCCCCACGUCCAUGACACGCGAGCGAGUCCACUGUGUCGCAGGCCACACCUGCCCACUGUGCCUCUUGGGUGGCCAGACUCGAUUUCUCCAGUCGCACUCGCCCCGUGUGGCCUGGGACCGGCGGGCUGGAAGGGCAGCUGGGCGCACACUGGCUCCCGGACAGGCUGAGACGACCAUCCGGCCAUCCAUCUUCCACUGCACUAACACCCCCUCUCCCCCCAGUCAAUAUGUCUCUCUCCGAUGGGAAAGUUAAUAAAUUUUGCUCUAGA